GCGGUCGCGGGCGCGGAGCAGACAAAGCGGCGGCGGGGCCGCGGGGGGUAGGCCUGCGGCUCGGCGGCGCCCCCGCCCGCGGGGAGGGCUCGGAGGACCGCCCACGCCGCGGCCGCCUCGCAACAGGUCGGCCGCCUUCCGGGAGCCUCGCCCUGCGCCGCCGCCCCCCGCUCCCGAGACCUGGGCGCCCCGCUCGGCUCGGGCCGCGGCUCCAUGCGGUUCGGCUCCAAGAUGAUGCCGAUGUUUCUCACCGUGUACCUCAGUGACAGCGAGCAGCACUUCACCGAGGUUCCAGUGACCCCUGAGACGAUGUGCAGAGAUGUGGUGGAUCUGUGCAAAGAGCCCGGCGAGAGCGAGUGCCAUCUAGCUGAAGUGUGGUGUGGCUCCGAACGUCCAGUUGCUGAUAAUGAGCGGAUGUUUGAUGUUCUGCAGAGGUUUGGAAGUCAGAGGAAUGAAGUCCGUUUCUUCCUUCGUCAUGAACGGCCCCCUGGCAGGGACACGGUGAGUGGAUCACGGUCUCAGGAUCCAAGUGUAAAGAGAAAUGGCGUGAAAGUCCCUGGUGAACAUCGAAGGAAGGAGAACGGGGUUAAUAGCCCGAGGAUGGAUCUGACUCUGGCCGAGCUUCAGGAAAUGGCAUCUCGCCAGCAGCAGCAGAUUGAGGCCCAGCAACAAAUGCUGGCUACCAAGGAACAGCGCUUGAAGUUUCUGAAACAGCAAGAUCAGCGUCAACAGCAAGAAGUCGCUGAGCAAGAGAAGCUCAAGAAGCUGAAGGAGAUGGCCGAGAAGCAGGAGGCUAAGCUAAAGAAAGUUCGAGCCCUGAAGGGCCACGUGGAGCAGAAGAGGCUGAGCAAUGGCCGCCUUGUGGAGGAGAUCGAGCAUAUGAAUAGCGUGUUCCAGCAGAAGCAGAGGGAACUUGUUCUGGCCGUGUCCAAGGUGGAGGAGCUGACGAGACAGCUGGAGAUGCUCAGGAGCGGCAGGAUGGACGGCCGACACGACAGCCGGUCCGCCGCGGCUGAGCUCGACCGGCUCUACAAGGAGCUGCAGUUACGAAACAAACUGAAUCAGGAGCAGAACGCCAAGCUGCAGCAACAGCGGGAGUGUCUGAAUAAGCGCAAUUCAGAGGUGGCGGUCAUGGACAAGCGUGUUAAUGAGCUGCGGGACCGGCUGUGGAAGAAGAAGGCGGCGCUUCAGCAGAAGGAGAGCCUCCCGGUUUCAUCUGAUGGAAAUCUGCCCCCGCAAGGGCUGCCAGCGCCCAGUCGUGUGGCCGCGGUGGGCCCUUACAUCCAGUCAUCCACGAUGCCCCGUGUCCCUUCAAGGCCUGAACUUCUGGUGAAGCCAGCUCUGCCGGACAGCUCCUUGGCCAUGCAGGCUCCGGACGGUCCACUCAAAGUACACACGUUGCCCAACAUGCGAUCUGGGGCCACCUCCCAGACUAAAGGGUCUAAAAUUCAUCCACUGGGCCCUGACUGGAGCCCUCCAAGUGCAGACAUUUCUUUGAACCAAGCCUCCACGCCUGUGCCUGCAAGCUCAGGGGGUAUCCCGGACCAAGCUGAUGAUGGAGAGGUUCCCCUGAGGGAGAAGGAGAAGAAAGUCCGUCCCUUUUCGAUGUUUGACACGGUGGACCAGUCUGCUGUCCCGUCCCCCUUGGGGGCUCUGAGGAAAAACCAGAGCAGUGAGGACAUCCUGCGGGAUGCUCAGGCUGCGAAUAAAAAUGUGACUAAAGUACCACCUCCUGUUCCAUCAAAACCAAAACAGAUCAAUUUGCCUUAUUUUGGGCAAACUAAUCAGUCAGCAUCAGAUACAAAGCCAGAUGGAAACCUUCAGCAAUUGUCAGCAGCUGUUGCGUCCGUGGGAAACAAACCGAAAACGGGGCAGCAGCAGAGGCUCAUGGGGUCCCCUGGCCCACCUUCAGCUGGCCAGGGCCAGGUCCUGUCUCCAGCUGGUAAGCAGGAGAGCCCACCCGCCGCCGCUGUGCGGCCAUUCACCCCUCAGCCUUCGAAGGACACCGCUCUUCCACCCUUCCGAAAACCCCAGACCGUGGCGGCAAGCUCCAUAUACUCCAUGUACACGCAGCACCAAGCUCCUGGAAAAAACUUCCAGCAAGCGGUGCAGAGUGCCCUGACCAAAACACAUUCCAGAGGGCCGCACUUCUCCACUGUUUAUGGCAAGCCUGUGAUUGCUGCUGCCCAGAACCAGCAGCAGCACCCGGAGAACGUUUAUUCUGGUCCCCAGGGCCAGCUGGGCAGUCCUGAGCCUGACAUGGAGCCUGCGUCUUCAGUUCAGGAGGGCCACGAGAAUGAAAGAAUUCCUCGGCCCCUCAGCCCGACCAAACUGCUGCCCUUCUUGUCCAAUCCCUACCGGAACCAGAGCGAUGCUGACCUGGAAGCCCUGCGGAAGAAACUGUCCAAUGCACCACGGCCACUAAAGAAGCGUAGCUCUAUUACAGAGCCAGAGGGUCCGAAUGGGCCAAAUAUCCAGAAACUUUUGUACCAGAGGACCACCAUAGCUGCCAUGGAGACCAUCUCUGUCCCUUCAUAUCCCUCCAAGCCGACCUCAGUGGCGGCUGACUCUGAAAGCCCAGUAGAGAUCCAGAAUCCAUAUUUACAUGUGGAGCCAGAGAAGGAGGCAGUCUCUCUGGUUCCUGAGCCAGUAUCCCCAGAGGAAGUGGAGAGUGCCAGUUCAGAGAACACGGACAUGCCAGCUCCUUCUCCGGGCCUUGAUUAUGUGCCAGAAGGAGUCCCAGACAACAGCCCAAAUUUCCAGAACAGUGUGGAGGAACCAAAUGCAGAGGCUCCCCAUCUGCUUGAAGUGUACCUGGAGGAGUAUCCCCCAUAUCCGCCCCCACCAUACCCAUCUGGGGAGCCAGAAGGUCCAGGAGAAGACUCUGGGAGCAUGCGUCCCCCCGAAAUCACAGGGCAGGUCUCACUGCCUCCUGGCAAAAGGACAAACUUGCGUAAAACUGGUUCAGAAAGGAUUGCCCAUGGGAUGAGGGUCAAGUUCAACCCCCUUGCUUUGCUUCUAGAUUCAUCUUUGGAGGGAGAAUUUGAUCUUGUACAGAGGAUUAUUUAUGAGGUUGAUGACCCGAGCCUGCCCAAUGACGAGGGCAUCACCGCUCUUCACAACGCCGUAUGUGCAGGCCACACAGAGAUCGUUAAGUUCCUCGUGCAAUUUGGUGUCAAUGUCAAUGCUGCAGACAGUGAUGGAUGGACCCCGCUGCACUGUGCGGCCUCAUGCAACAAUGUGCAAGUGUGUAAGUUCCUGGUCGAGUCCGGAGCCGCUGUGUUUGCCACGACCUACAGUGACAUGCAGACUGCCGCAGACAAGUGUGAGGAGAUGGAGGAGGGCUACACCCAGUGCUCACAGUUCCUUUACGGAGUCCAGGAGAAAAUGGGCAUCAUGAACAAAGGAGUCCUUUACGCACUCUGGGAUUAUGAACCUCAGAAUGGUGACGAGCUGCCCAUGCGAGAAGGGGACUGCAUGACCGUCAUCCGCAGGGAGGACGAAGAUGAGACUGAGUGGUGGUGGGCCCGCCUGCACGACAAGGAGGGAUAUGUCCCACGAAACCUGCUGGGCCUAUACCCAAGAAUUAAACCAAGACAGAGGAGUUUGGCCUGAAACUUGUUUUUGAAGAAUUAAUCUUUGUUAUCACAAGAAGUAAUGUGAUUGUUUUUGGUAAAAAUUUCACAAGACCGACUUUAGUGACAGCGUAGUUUGAAAGCGGUGCAGGAUGUCUUCUGGGAGAAUGUGAAGGAUUGGAGAAUUUGCUGUCCUCGGGGGACGUUCAGCAUGAUGAACUGAGCUUACAAGUGAGCUGACCAUACUCUUGGGAAAUAGGUGUUCACGGGGCACUCAGGAACAUGAAAAGUGACUGUUUUGGUUCCCUGGAGUCACAGGGCCAUUCACUGGGCUCCUGGGAAGUCGCCUCUCCUGCACUUGCCCCCGCCAGAAAGGACCAGUGCCACAGAGGCAGCACCUCUGCCUGUCCUCCCGCAGGCCCCCAGGGGACCCCCAUUGUGGGUGAAGAACUGUUGGUUGUCAGCAGUCCCUUUGUGAUAGGAGUUCUUCAGAAUUCUACAUGUUUGAGAUAUUGGAGCCAAGCUGUAGCACAGCUCAUUAGAUUUAGAAUCUUGUUUUUAGAAUGAAUUUGAAUCUAUAUUUAUUGUCUUUUGUAUCUUGGAAAUUGGAGACUUGCUAUAUAGACUUACUCAUGAUAUUUGUCAAAUCGUAGCUGACUUUAAAAACAAUUGUAAUAAAAUUAAAGUUUUUGACUCUAA